AUGUUCCAAGGUUCAACUUUCCUUAUCAUCAAAUCAUUAGAUUUAUCAGAUGAAUUAGCAGAAGAUAUUAAAAUAAAAUUAAAAACUUAUUAUGCAACUAAAAUAUAUAUAAAAGAUGAAUUUGAUAAUUCAAAAAAUUAUAUGAAUCCACCAAUUAUAACUCAUAUAAUAACAAGUUCAUUAGAAUUUAUAGAAUAUCAACAAGCUAGAAAAUCAAUGAUUCCAAUUAUAACUCCAAAUUGGUUAUAUAAUUCAUUACAAGAAAAACGUCAAUUAUCAAUAAAAUCUUUUAAUCCUGAUCCUUCUUAUUUUUUUAAAAAUUGUUUUAUAUGUUGUGCUGAUAAUUUACCACCUGGAGAUAAAGAAUUAAUUUAUGCUGGUAUAAAAGCAUUUGGAGGUAAUUAUCUUGAUAUUUUAAGUAAAUAUACUACACAUUUAAUAACACUGGAUAUGACUAAUGAAAAAGCUGUAAUUGCAUCAACAAUAAUUGUUGAUAAAGAUAGUAAAGAUCCAAUAACAAAUUUAAAAUUAGUAUUACCUCAUUGGAUUGAUCAUUGUAUAACAAUGGGUAAAAAAUUAGAUGAAGAAAAAUAUUUAUUACCUGAAUCUGAUUCUUUUGAUUUAAGUAAUAAUGAAAUGUAUUUUGGAGAUUUAUCAAUUGAUUUUAAAAAAGAUGAAUUAUUGUUGAAAGAUUCAAUUCCAUCUGAUAUAGCCUCCUCAUCAACUAAUCAAAUUGAUUUCUUUAAAAAUAAAAAAAUCCAUAUAAGUAAAGAUUUUAAUUUAUCUCAAAGAUUAAAUAAUUCAAUAAAAUACCUUAUUGAAAAACAUGGUGGUAUAAUUGUAUCACAAUUUAAUGAAGAUGAAAUUGAUAUAUAUUUAGGUAAAUAUCGAUCUGGAGAAGCAUACUUUAAAAGUAGAUUAAAUAAAAGAAUUAUAAUUGGAAAUUUACAAUGGUUUUAUUCAAUAUUAGUUACUAAAAAUUGGACAUUACCAUUAAAUUCAAAUAUUCUUUAUUAUCCAAUACCUUCAUCUCCCAUAGAAUCAUUUAAAAAUCUUAAAAUUUCAAUAACAAAUUAUAGUGGAGAUUCAAGAUCUUAUUUAUCAAAAUUAAUAACUUUAAUGGGUGGAAAUUUUACAAAAACUUUAACAAGAGAAAAUCAUUAUUUAAUUUGUGGUAAACCAGAAGGUAAAAAAUAUGAAGCUGCAUUAAAUAAAUGGGUUGAUUCAAAUAAUAAUCCAGAAGUUCAAAUAGUUAAUCAUUUUUGGUUAGAAGAUUGUUUUAUAAAAUGGGAAAAAUUAAAUGAUAAAGAUGAAAAAUAUAGAAAUUUUAGUAAAAUUGAGGAUUUAGGGUUGGAGCCAUUAGUUGGUAGAGUUACUUUAGAUGAUGAAGAUUUAGAUUUAACUGAAAAUUUAAGUAAUGAAACUGGAAAUAUUGAUGAUAGUAUGAGUGAAGAUGAAGCUACUCAAUCAAAAAACAAACAUAUAUUAUCUAGUAUAAAGAAUGAAGAUAAAGAUGAUCAAUUUUUAAAUGAACAAGAAAAACAACCGGCUUCUUCUUCACCUUCAGUAGAUGAAGUCAUAAGUAUAAUGUCUCCAAUAAAUGGAACACCAAAUAAAACAGAUAUAACAGAAGAUAUAAUUUCACCAAAAACUCCCAAAAACAACGAUAAUAAUAAUAAAGAUCUUUUUACAUUACCAAAUUCAAUAUCUCGUUAUGGAGGUAGAUCAGCUGCAAAAAAAGCAGCAGCAAAAUUACAUGAUAAUAUGACUGAUUUAAAUAAUUAUUUAGAAAUUUCAAAAAGUAAACAAAAAAUGAAAAAUUAUAUGGAACAAUUAGAUCAAUCAAAUAUAAAUAAGAAAAGAAAAUCUGAUGAAGAUGAAGAAACUACAAAAGUUAAAGAAGAAACUUUGUCAAAAGAUCAAAUAAAACGUCCUAAAACUGAUGAAUGUGAUAUUAUUGCAAUUAUGACAGGUUGUGAAUCAGAAAUUGAAUUAACUAAAACUCAAACAAUGAAAUUACAAUCCAUGGGUAUAAAAAUAAUAACAGAUUUAUCAAAAAAUAUUCCUAAUACAUUAAUAGCUCCAAAAAUAUUAAGAACUGAAAAAUUUUUAAGAAGUUUGAGUAAAGUCUCCAAAAUAAUUCAUCCAAAUUAUCUUAUUGAUAUAUUAGAUAAUUUUGAAAAUAACAACAUAUUACAUCAAUUUAAUAUUGAUGAUUAUUCAUUAGAUAAAAUAAAUUUAACAACUAACAAGGAAUUAGGUAUUAGACACAUAUCAACAAUUUUAAAUAAUUCAAAUAAAGGUAAAAUUUUCUCACAAAUUUCAUUAAAUUUAAGUGAAAAUUUAAAUGGUGGGAUAGAUGUUAUAUCAACAAUUUUAAAAGAUCAUGGAUUAAAAAAUUAUAAAGAAAUUAAAUCAAAUUCAUCAAAUUUUAAAAAAUCUCAAUUUAUAAGCUCACCUAAUGAUGAAAAAAUUAUAUUAAUUGCAAAUAAGAAAAAAGAUCAUAAAUUAAUUACAAGUUUUAAAAAUUCUAUACAAAAUGGUAUAAUAUUAAAUUGGGAUUGGUGUGUAAAAUCAAUUUUUUCAAUGAAAUUAAAAGAAUUUAAAGAAUUUGAAAUUUAA